AUGGCCAAAGCAGUUACCGAAGGCGCCUUUCGAGACGUCCUCUCGUACCCCUUCGCUCGUGAAGUACUCACAGGCCGCCCACAGCUUGAUCAACCGCUCAAAGAGAGUUUCCUGUUCGAUGUUCCCUCAGCGGGGGGUGAAUACGAUCUGGAGCUUAUCCGUCUUGUCGUCGCUGUGGCCGCCCUCCACGCCUUUGUACAGGCUAAUUGGACCGGCCCUGAUCUCGACUUCAAGCCUUUCGACAUCCUCCCCGACAACGAGGGCCCACUCACAGACGAACUGCUGCACCAGAAAUCUGUUUCAGAGCUCGCAUAUGGCGGAGAGCCUGCUUAUCACCUCGCCCAGGUGCCGUUUUUCCUCCGACUCGCCCAACUUCUCCUCGAGCUCGAAUAUCACCAAAUAGCGUCCAUAGAUUGGUGGAGGCUUAGGAUCUGGAACAUCCACCAGCAGAUCCUUGAUGAACCCGUCCCAUUACCCCCGGACUCCCUCUCAUCGCUCGAACGAUUGGCCAUCACAUUUGGGUCCGAACCUGAUCUUAUCGGCCGGCUAUGGCUCGAACGCGGUCUGCUAGACCAUUAUCAAUCGAACGACAAGUCUGCGUUGGAGUACUUCAUUCGUGCCGCGAGAGCUACAGACCUGCAGUACGAGCUUACUGGUGCGCUAGGCAAGCGCACAAAGUUCCAGCAAACUGAUCUCUCACAACUCGUCCUUCUCGCUGAGUCUCGCAAACGGGACGUCGCAGGAAAUACAGUCAGAGCUGCGAUCAUCCCUGACGCACUUCAAUUGAACGAUGAUACUCUGCUUGAGCACACCCAAUUCACGUCCUCCCAUCCUGUCGCCCCUGGCUCUCGGUUGAGUCAUCUCGACCCCUCAUCUCAACCCGCGCUCCAUCCCUUAGACCAAUCUAUCCUCCUUUCUCUCUGUCUGAAUGUACGCAACACUUCUCCCUCGCAUGGGUUAACCAACGAGCAGAUGUCUCCCUAUAUUGCACGUGUCAUCUCCCAUCCUGAAAACUGGUCUAUCCACACCAUGGCUCUCCUCCUUCGUUCUCGCCUCGAGUCCAACAGAACGCGUACCGUGGAACGCUCGACGCUGCAGCUUCAAGCCCUUGUUGAUCAGAUGGCCACAGCGGACUCAACGCUUUCGGAGCGACUUCUUUACGUCCAUGCGAUACCCUUGCCGAACAAGUGGGAAAUGGAGAAGGAGUUAGCUAUGAGGUUUCUCUCUAUCGGCGUCGUCAAAUCUGCAUUGGAGAUAUUCGAGAAGUUGGAGAUGUGGGAAGAGGCGGCCAAGUGUUGGCAAUCAAUGGAGCAGCGGGAUAAAGCCCUCAAGCUCGUGCGCGAUCUGCUGGAGGGUCGCAAGGCAGAGGCAGAGGCUGUCAUCACCCGCGGCAAGGUGGUCGGUGAUCGGAGAGCGUUGUUUGACGCAGCGCGCGAGGCUAAACUAUGGUGUCUUUUAGGCGAGCUAGAGCCAGAUCAGGCCGCUGACCAUUUCCAUCGCGCAUGGACCGUUUCCAAAGGAUCGUCUGGUCGUGCGAUGCGCUCACUUGGCGGAUUCCAUUUUGCUCGAGGGCAGUACGCAGAUGCCAUUGUGUGCUUGCGGCGCGCAGUCGCGAUCAACCCACUGCUGUCUAGGUCGUGGUUCAUUCUGGGGUGUGCUUGUGUUCGAGAGGAGGACUGGUUUGGAGCCAAGGACGCAUUUGCUCGUGCCGUUUCCAUAGAUGACGAGGACGGUGAGAGCUGGAAUAACCUGGCAAGCGUCUAUCUUCGUAUGGAUGCGAGUGCGCCAAAGGCGACACAAGGCGGAGAGGAAGAUAAGGAUGCCGAGAUGUCUGUUGUUACUACGGACGAUAGCCCUUCUUCAAUUCCCUUCGCGAACAAGAUGCUAGCCUUCCGCGCGCUCAAGCAAGGUCUCAAGUUCAGUUUCGAAAACUGGCGCAUGUGGACGAACUACAUGAUCGUUUCCAUGGACGUUGGUGAGCUUGCAGAGGCCUGCCGUGCGCUUGGCCGUAUAGUCGAACAGCGUUACGAUAAAAUUGGCGCUGAGGCUGUCGAUGAGGAUGUGCUUGAUCGACUUGUUGACGCAGUCACGCGUGCGCCCUCGAACCCUGACGAGGCAGUGGAGGGCGGCUCAGCUGAUAGCGCGCUGAGAAAUCCCAACGAAGGACACGGUUUGUUGAAGUGGGUUGAGGAUCUGUUUGAGCGUAUACUUCUGCCUCGGGUCGCGUCUCCGCGCAUAUUCAGAGCAAGGGCGAGGUUGUUGACGUGGCAAGAACGAUGGGAAGACGCGUUGCAGUCAUAUCUGGAGGCAUACAGAACAGGUGUAGCCGGAAAGAUGGAAGAAAGCGAGACCGAGGUAGGAGCGUGGAGGGAGGCCGUGCGUGAGGUGGAGGAGAUUGUGGAUGUGUUGAGAAAUUUUGGCCCGAAAGCCGAAGGAUUCAAUUGGGAGGUGCAGGCAAAGAGCAUUUUGCGUACAUUUAUGGGGAGAUCACGCGAUUAUGAGGAAGAGCCCGAAUGGAGUCGGCUGGUAGAGUUGCAGGAUGAGCUAAAAGGGCAGAGCUGAGCAUUUCAUUCAUCUGUUGUUGAAGCUCGUCGUAUUGACUCUGCGAAAUGCGUCUUCUCGAGAAACAUGUUAUCCUCACAUCAUGAGACAUAGGCCGACCUGCAGUCUGUCCUGAGAGCGGUGGAAAGUUAUGGAUAGCCUCGAAACCUGACUGGAGCUUUUGAUAAUAUCUGGAAUUCCUGGCU